AUGGCACAGGAAGCUAAAGAGGAAGUCUCGGACACCCACAUCAACUUGAAGGUCAGCGACGGCGCCGGCGAGAUCUUUUUCAAAAUCAAGAGAACCACGCCCAUGAAAAGAUUGAUGGACGCCUUCUGCAAAAGACAGGGCAGAUCCUUGGACUCUAUCCGGUUCUUGGUUGACGGCACACGCAUCCACCCGGAUGCCACGCCCCAGGAAAUGGACUUGGAGGAUGGCGAUGUCAUCGAGGCCCACAGGGAGCAGACUGGUGGGUGCAUGUAA